AUGCGUGGGCUUUGGACUGCCAUAGGGGCUCUACUGAUUCCAGCAGUACUGGGCCAGCAGCCUGUUGGACUUCAGGUUUUUACAAACUAUACGGGUCUUACUGAGGUUUGUAAAGAUGCACUAGCCACCAACGUGACUUGUCCUCCAUUUCUCCUCGUGGUUUCUCCAGACAAUGCUAUUCUGGACGAGGACCAAGUCACUGAAUUAUGUGUCAAUGAUUGUUACACGUCAUUGAAAAGUGCCAGAGCUACCAUUCAAGCAGCAUGCACUGAAGAUACCGAUGUGAUUGUCUACGAGGAUGUAGCUUAUCCAGCUACUUUUAUUGCCGACAACUACCUGUUCACUUAUGAUGUCUCCUGCCGCAAGGACGAGUCGGGCAACUACUGCGAUCCUCAAUUUCUAUCUUGGGCAAACCGUUCCGCUGUACCAAGCAUGAAUGCUUCAUGCUCAGAUUGUUGGCUGGGAGUAUUGGAAACUCAACUCAACAGCCCCUUAGGCUAUGACGAGGGAAUGGAAGAGACCUUUAGCUCUUUGACAUCAAGCUGCAUUGCUUCGGGCUAUUCCGUCACUUCUCCAACCGCCUAUGCGCUCAAUGCAACUGCAACGGCAACGGAAACUUCGGCUACUGCCACAAGCACCACCACAUUAAAUUGCGUGGGCUUGUAUCAGGCGCAGCAGUCAGACGAUUGUAACUCCGUGGCAAAGUUAUUAAGCGUCUCUACCUACUCAUUAUUGCAGGCCAACAAGCUGGAUCUAUACUGUCAAGAUUUCGCUAGCAUGAUGAACCGGCCUCUCUGUGUUCCCCCGAAGUGCAACACUUAUACCUGGAAGGGUACUGAUACAUGCGACAGCGUCGUUGGUCCUCUCGGCAACGUGACUAUUCCACAGUUCCUUUCAUGGAACCCCUAUAUCAACUCUCUAUGUCUUAAUAGCGAUUUCUUCAUUGGAUAUGAGGUGUGCUUGAGCCCUCCUGGUGGCUAUCUAAGCCACAAUGACUCCGAUUCAGGCUCCACUCCAAAUCCGACUACUACAGAUGCCACUACUGCUGCGCCAGUUCCAACCAAUGCCAUAGAUGGUAGUAACCACAACUGUAGCCUGUGGUACACGGUCCAAGCAGGAGAUACCUGCGCCCAGCUUUCGAUAGCACAGUCUAUUUCACUGCCGGAUUUCUACUUUUUGAACCCAGAGAUUGACGCCGACUGCACAAAUCUCCAGCUGGACGAGGCGUACUGUGUCAAACCUGUUGGUUCACUUACCAGCUACCCCAACUACACCCUCACUGGGUACUUGCCUAUCACAGUCCCCACCGCCACCUUCUCCUCCGUGAAUACCGACAUCCCCACCACUACAAGCUAUCCUGGUUUUGUGUACACUGAGCCCACACAGCUCCCCACUGCUCCAGACACCCUUUCGGGCUGCUAUGAAUACGCAAAUCCCUCUAACAUUAACGAUCUCUGCCGGGACCUCGCAAGGGACUAUGAAAUCUCCAUGGACCAAUUGGUGGAGUGGAACCCAAGUCUCUCAAACAACAAGUCGACCUGUACCCUCACAAUGACGUACAGCUACUGCGUUCUAGAGUACUCGAACAGCACAGCGACGGAGCCUACCCUAACCAAUUGUCUUUCCAUCAACGCCACGGAGAGUGGUACUGCCUCUAACUGCAACUGUCUCACUUCCGUUGAUCUUUAUGACUCUCCAGAUUACACAUGCGCCGACAUUGUCUCCGACUAUGGGGUAACAUUGGCAGAUCUGCAGACCUGGAACACAUGGCUAUUAGAUGACUGCGACACUGCCCUCUUUUCCGGACUCAAUUUCACCGAUUAUCGCGCCAUCUGUAUCGGUGUCGGCUCCACGGAUGUGACCGCCACUUCGACCGCCACUGCGACCAGCACCGGAACUUCCACCCAGACUACGGCCUCAAUUGGUCCCACUCAGACUGGAAUUGUUUCAGGAUGUCAGGAAUUCUAUACCGCAGUAGACGGUGAUAGCUGCUCGACGAUUGCGAGUGGGUCUGGUAUCAGCCUUGCGGAGUUCUACCAGUGGAAUCCCGCGAUUGGCAGCACUUGCGGCUCUCUUUGGCUGGGCUAUGCAUACUGUGUGAAGGGCCCAGCCUCGACUACCACAACCGUGGGGCCAAGUGCCCCAACGCAAACAGGCAUCGUAUCCAAUUGCGAGGAAUAUCACACGGUGGUGAGCGGGGAUUCAUGCCCCGAGAUUCAGACAACAUAUGGAAUUACAUUUGCACAGUUCUACCAGUGGAAUCCCGCGAUUGGCAGCACCUGCAGCUCUCUUUGGCUGGACUAUGCAUACUGCGUGAAGGGCCCAGGCUCGACUGCCACGGCCACGGGACCAAGUGCCCCAACGCAAACAGGCAUCGUAUCCAAUUGCGAUAAAUAUUACACCGUGGUGAGCGGGGAUUCAUGCGCCCAGAUUCAGACAACGUAUGGGAUUACAUUUGCACAGCUCUACAAGUGGAAUCCCGCGAUUGGAUCGGAUUGCCAGACCCUAGCAAUUGGGUAUUCGGUUUGUGUGGGAGUUUCUGCCGAGACUACCAAGCGGAAACGGACGGAAAACCCCGACCGAUUGAAGUCUCCGAGAGAGAAAGAAGGAAGAAGACAUCUACAUCUCCACAACCGGGGUGUUUAG